AUGCUCCGAGAUUCCCAAGUUCGUUCCAGGGCUCUGAGGGGUGCAAACGAGUCGAGUCGAGCUCGAGUCAACGGUUGUUCGAGCCGAGCUCGUCUGAGAAAUGCCGAGCUCGAGCUCGAACUAGAGUCGAGCUCAAAAGUCGACCUACCGCACUCCGCCUCCUUGGGCGGCGACGGCGAAGGUGACGGAGACGCCAUUUCCCAGCUCGACCACAUAUAUUCAGCGCUUCAUCCGCUUCUAAUGGUCAUCGGCUUCAUCCUCCUUAACGGGGAAGCGAUCCUGGUGCACCGGAGGCUUGCGGGGUGGUCUCGGGAGACUCGGAAGGCGGUGCACCUCUCGCUCCAAGCGGCCGCGCUGGGCUUCGGGCUCUUCGGUAUUUGGGCGAAGUUCAGGGGUAACGAAGGAAUUUCCGCCAACUUCUAUAGCCUCCACUCCUGGAUUGGCCUCGCCUGCGUCGCCCUUUUCGCCUUCCAGUGGGUGGUAGGGCUCAUCAGCAUGUGGCACAAGCCCGAGGGCCGGUGGACUCGGUCGGCGGCACUUCCAUGGCAUCUCUUUGUGGGUCUCUAUACCUUCGGGCUGGCGGUGGCGGCCGCCGAGACCGGCCUUCAGGAGAAGCUAACCUUUUUGCUCGGCCGCCGAGGCCUCUCCCAUAAUUCUCCAGAGUCUGCACUAAUCAAUUGCCUUGGCAUUGCCCUUGCCCUUCUUGCUGCAGUUAUAAUCCUUGCAGCCAUCUCUCCAAGACACCAUGUAACUAAAUUUGUUAACGUUAAAGAUGAUACGAAUGGAAAAUUCCACGUAUGAUUUAUUCUAUUAUAUUCCAUUAUAUAUUGAACGGUGUAGUUGUGAGGCUGCCAAAAUAAAAA